GCCGGAAAUACGUGCGCGGCGGUAUACUGUCCGGGUGGACCGGCUUCCGGUCUGAGGCGGGAGGUGUCAGUUCGAGGGGUGAAAGGAGCAGCCGCAGUUUCCCAGCUCGGGGAGUGGGGACAUGUCAGUAUAGCCACAGUGUGCCUCUUCCUCCAGUGUCACUGAGUCAAGUUGCAGAAAUGGGUCUGCUCUCAGAUCCAAACCGCCGGCAGGUGCUGACAAACCUGCUCACCAGGAUGAACACGCCGCUGUGCUUCAUGUGCUACAUCGCUGGGGUCUCUUGGUUCAUGGGCCUGGCCUUUGAACCCUUUAUCCUGCGAAUGUACACAUCGGAAAAUGCCAUGGGCUCCACCAUGGUCGACGAGAACUUUGUCUAUGGUGACAGGGCACUAUCCUAUGCCCGGGAAUUCUCCGCCCAUGGGAAAAAGGCCGGGGAGAUGCCUGUGGAAUGGCUUGUGAAGACCAUGAGUGGCCUGGGGCUGGAGACCCAUACCCAGACCUUCUCCCGAACUCUCCCCUUCCCCGAUGAGAUACGGGAGAGAUAUAUGGUGAAAGGGACCAACGUGUACGGAAUUCUUCGGGCGUCGAGGGCAGCAAGUACAGAAUCGAUCGUGCUGAGCACUCCAGUAGGGAUUGGACAGAACAGCCAGGCGGCUGGCCUGCUCCUGGCUCUGGCUUCAUAUUUCCGAGGUGAGGGGAGCGCCUCGCAGACACUGCCUGACAUUUAUGCCAUCACCAUGCAUCAGUGCCAUAAAGAGAGUCCUACUCUGGGCUUCACCAGCCCAUUCACCUCACAACCUUACACCUCACCAGAUCCAAAGUAG